GUUUCCACUCCUCUCACGACAAACCAUCAUGGUUGCUGCUGGCUCCAUUACUGUGGCAGUUCGCGUCCGGCCACCCACGGCUUGGGAAUCAGCUCGGCUCCCUGAACCAUCUUAUGACACUACGAUUCGGGGCGACGGCGCUCUCGCAGCUCCCCGGGCGACGCAGAACGCUGGUUGUUUACGAGAAGUGGUCCAGAUUAUUGAUGACCGAAUCCUUACUUUCGAUCCGGAGGAGAGAGACAAGUCCAAGGCUUUCGUUGAGCGAGGGUUCAUGCCGCCCGGAACGAAACGUUACAAAGACAAACGGUUCAUGUUCGACAAGGUGUUUGCUCACGAGGUGGACCAAUCUGACGUGUAUGCAUCGACCGCACAACCUCUCCUUCGAAAUCUGCUAGAUGGCUACAAUGCAACGGUCUUCGCAUACGGCGCUACCGGCUGUGGCAAGACACAUACGAUCAGCGGAACGGACGCGGAUCCUGGUAUCAUUUACUUGACCAUGGCAGACCUCUUUCAAAGGAUUGAAGACCGCCGGGCUGACUGGAAUGUCGAGGUCACAGUCACCUUUCUCGAAAUCUACAAUGAGGAGAUCCGGGAUCUGCUAGCAGAGCCAGGCUCGGCUGCACCCCGCGGCGGGUUAUGCAUCAGAGAAGACAAAACGGUCAAGGUGGCGGGAUUGGUCGAGCUCAAACCGAAUUCGGCAGAAGAAGUGAAGCAGAUCGUGCUGCAGGGGAAUAUGAGGAGAACGCAAAGUCCGACCCUCGCGAAUGCCACCAGUUCUCGUUCACACGCCGUUUUGCAAGUCCACGUCACCCAAUCCCCGCGCACGGCCUCGUUGUCCGAAGAGCGUACCAUGGGCACGCUGUCCAUCAUCGACUUGGCUGGAAGCGAACGGGCUGCUGCCACUACGAACAUGGGACAGCGGAUGGUCGAGGGCGCCAACAUCAACAAAUCCCUUCUCGCGCUGGGAAACUGCAUCAACGCUCUGUGUGAGAGCGGAGGUGCUAUUCGCCACGUUCCAUACCGCAACAGCAAACUCACUCGUCUACUCAAAUUCUCGCUGGGCGGGAACUGCAAGACUGUGAUGAUCGUCUGCAUUGCACCCACCUCUGCCCAUUUCGAGGACACUCAUAACACGCUGGUCUACGCGGAUCGGGCAACGAAGAUCAAGACCAAGGUCGUUACGCGCAAUGUGCUCAAUGUCGACAGACACGUGGGCCAAUAUGUCGAAGCCAUCAAUCGUCUCAAUGCGGAAGUAGCCGAACUGAAGGAGAGGUUGGCCGGAAAGAAUGAUACGGAGAACGACAUCCAGCGGCGAAAGAAGGCGGAAGCGGCGGCUGAGGUUCAGCGGGCCAGGAAGGAUGUUCGGCUCAAGGUCGAGCAAAACAAGACAGCCAUUGCUGACGGCGCCAACUGUGCGGGCAAAAUGUCUGUUGCCCAAGCCAAACUGGAUGCUAUCAAAGCUCGCCUGUCCGAGAUCGAGCGCUGCUCAGUUCCCCUUCCUGCUGAUCUAGAGGCCGAAAAGGCCUUGCUCCUUGCCUUCGCUGGACCCGAGGAGGCGGCGCUCAAGCCGGAUUCUUCCCUUAGUGCUCGUGUGCGCCACUCUUCCAAUUCGAACGCGAUGUUCGAUGCAACGAUGCGGGCUGUGGCCGAGAGACGAUCUGACAAGCUGGACGACGCCAGCGCGGAAAGCGUCAAAUUGGAAGCACGGUUCAGCAAAGCCGAAAUGGAGCGCGUCAAGGCUGAGGGCGAGAAUGAUGCGAUGAGAGAAGCAGUCCAGGACAUGGCUGGUGUGCUGGUUACUUUGGUCGGCAUGCUCGGUCGAUGUACUGUUCUCGUCGGAGAUGCCGCCACAGCGCUGGAUACCUCUGGAGGCAACCCAGGUGCCGUUGCAGGUCUCCUGAAUAAUCUCAGGCAGAAGAACGACGAAGCGUUCGUCAAAUUAGUGGGGCAUUCGACCGAGAGGUACACCAAUGACCAGGGUCUAUCCUCCCUCGAACACUUCAGCGGUCAUACCACUAGCUAUGGUCGCCGUAUCAGUUCAGGGCCAGCACUCUCGCAACAGCAACAAUCGGACGAGAAGCGCACGCAGCCUGCGGUUAACCGCCGGACUUCCUCGUACGGUUCAAAGCCGAGCACUUCCUCCUCCUCGAGCAAUGUGACUGGCUCUCCGCGGCGCACUUUCCGGACACCCCGUAAAUCAUUGCGCGCUAGUCUUCAGCCGUACCGACGUCUUCCCGACAAGGAGCGGAAACCUGCGUCGAAAAACGUGCAGUGGAGGGAUGAAGCCGGUCAAGGGGAUUUGGACGCAGUGACUGUCAUUCCCGCAGAUAUGUCGGAGACGUCGUGGACGUCUUCGACCCUUCCUCAUCGCAGUAUGUCCCUGGGCGGUUCAGAAAGCGAAUGGGAGGACGAGAAUGAGAAAACGGACGACAGCUUCAGUCUUUCCGCGACUGCCCCUGCCUCUACAUCCCGGCCUUACGGCUCCCUGAGCAACAAGCGACCUCGACCUAGUCGACUGGAUCCAGGUUUCCUCAAAGGGAAAUCAAAGGGAUCGGCCCUCGGCAGUCUCGCGGAGGGUGACGAAUCGAGCAGCAGUCCUGAGAAACCGCGUCCACUUUCAGAUAUGAAGAACCGGAUGGAUGUUGACACUCAAAUUCCUUCACGGCCGACAGCGCUUUCGAGCUCCACCAAAGGUCGGCGACGGUCUGUCGCCGGCGGGAGUGGGAAAGGCCGGAGGAGAUCGAGCCUGAUUCCACAACUUUCUCCGGUGAACAAUAGCGAAGCCCCCAAACGCCGAGCACUACUUUCGAGCCCUGCAAAGCGUGUUAGACGCUUGUCCAACUCGAAACCUGUAUCGAAAGUUGGGCGACCAUCUACAUUGAUGGCGAGCCUUUCUGCCUUGGCCCCUCUGGACGCCAACACUAGUGCCGAUAUCAGCAUGAACAAGAGCAAACCUACAUGGCGAUGA